AUGCCGGCAGGAAUUUCGCAUGCAUCACUAAAAUCUAAAAAGAAGGAGGAUGUAUCUCAGAAAAUUCAAGAAAUUAAGCAGAGGCAACAAAAUUGGUUCAGGCAGAGAGAAAAGACCAAGCUACAGCCUAAUAUAGAUGAGCACAAGUACAGAGGGUGGAAUGAGGCAGAAAAUCAAACAUCUACACACAAUGAGAACACCCCUGACUUCAAUGAUAUGAGCAGUAUCAGGAGUGGAACAGAAUCUGAGCUGGAGAGACUGGUUUCACCUGAUCAAUCACCUCAACCAUAUCCAGUGUCUGAGGAAGAAUUUCCUUACCUGGCUGAAAAAAUUGCCAGCAAGGUUAAAAAGGAUUUGGGCAUUCCUCACUCAUAUGGCGUGCUUUCAGGCAAGCCACCUGUAUCAGUCAGUACAAAAAAUUAUGGUGAUACUGUCUGGAAUACAAGCCGACAUAGGACUUUUGUAAAGGAAGAGAGGGCAUUAAAUCAUACAAAAACACCAGCUCUUUCAAGUCAUAACUGUAGUAUCUGCAGGACACUGAUGCUGUCAUCAAAAAACUUGCCAACAAUGGUGAUUCCAUGUGGCCAUACAUUCUGUAAGUCCUGUCUAGAAGAUAAACAGUCGUGUCCAUCCUGUGACUGUCCUGUGCUGUCUCUGACAGUGAAUAUAAUGCUACAGCAAGUGAUUCAGGAAUAUCAUGCUAGCCAUGGUCUAUCUCGUCAAAAUACAGAGUCAUUGGGAAGUGCUGGAUCAUGCUAUGCUGUCAAACACUCCCAGUCUCCAUAUAUGGAUGGUAUGUUUGAAAGUGACAAGACAUCUUAUGACAAGAAGCUAGAGAACAUGGAGAUAAGACAUAGCAUUUUAUUAACAGAGUAUAAGACUUUAGUGAAAAAGCAACAACAGGUGACACAAUGUCUUCAUCAAGAACAGACACAAUCACAGAACAUUAGGAAACAAGAAGAUGAAGUUCAAAAGGCAAUGUCAGAUUUACAAGAAAGAUUGAAAACUUUGAAAGAGCACAGAAUGCUCAGUAAUAAUCACAUCAUAAAGCUACAAGAUGAAAGAUCUCAUCUGGAAGGCAAGAUCUCUUUACUAGCAGCAACAGUAACAUCCUUAAUCAAUGAAAUAGACAAGGUUAAGAUGCUAUCGGAGAGUGGACUUCAAACGAACAUUGGCUAA